GAGUUUUGGAGAUCAGCCAUGGGUGUUAGAGGCUUGCAGGGAUUUGUGGCAAGAGUUUGCCCUCAUGCGUGCCAAACGGUAGAUCUGAGAGAAAUGGCAGAAAAGCAUCGCAUUGAUCAUCCUGACUGCCCACCUGUUAUCGUGGUAGAUGCCAUGAGUUGUGUUAGACGCUGGUACACACCAGAAUCCUGGGUGUGUGGUGGCCAGUGGCGGGAGUACCUUGCCAUUUUAGAGGAUUUUAUCAAUGCUUUUAUGGCAGCUGGUAUCAAGUUGGUGUUUUACUUCGACGGAGUGGUAGAAGAGAAAAAGAGAGAUGAGUGGAUCAAACGGAGGAUGAAGAAUACUGAGGAAAUAGCCAGAUUGUUUCAGUUUAUCAAGACUCACAGGAAACAGCCAGGGAGAGAAAUGUUUGUUCUUCCUUCAGCUCUGCCUACUUUUACACGUUAUGCCCUGAAAUCACUCGGUCAAAAAACAGUCUGCACGUUGCAAGAGGCAGACUUUGAGGUGGCUGCAUAUGGUUUGCAGCACAACUGUAUGGGAAUUCUGGGGCAAGAUAGUGACUACCUCAUCUAUGACACAUGUCCCUACUUUUCCAUUGAGAACCUCCGUUUGGACAGACUGGUCACUGUUAGGUACUCUCGAGAAGUUCUUUGCCGUGUGCUGGGUAUUAGUUUGACACACCUUCCUCUCUUUGCAUGCUUGCUUGGCAAUGAUAUUGUUCCAGAAAGCAUGUUGGAAGGAUUUUGGAACAAAUGUUUAACCAGCAGUCCCCACAGGAACCGCGGCUACAACAGAACAAACAUACUGCUGUCUGUAGCAAAUUACAUCUCAAAAAUGCCAUGCUCGUACAGCAGCCUGAAACACUUGGAAGAGAUUCUACCUCUGGGAUCAGACAAGACAUUGCUCUGCAGAGGAGUGAGCUCCUACCUUUUGCCUGGGCAGCAGUCUCCAUGGGUUCCUCCCAAUGAAACAAAUUGUCAAAUGUUAUCCCUUCAACAACAAUCAGCUCUCUGUCAAGAUAAAGAAAUCUUUCAGUUAGCUAAAGAACAGCAUAUCCAAUCUGAAAAUUAUUCGAUCUUCAAUAUCCUGAGUCAUGGAGAGAUUGAGUGCAGCAACUCCUUGGAAGAUGACUAUGAUACAGAGAUCCCUGGACAGGCACUUAUCUACCGCCCCGCUCGUCAGCAUAUUUAUUCUAUCUUGCUGGAAUCUGGAAAAGGUGGAACCUGCCCUUUGGUAAAAGAGUGGUUUGUCUAUUUUGGAAAUCCUCUCAAGGAGCCGGACCUGAUACAACCUGUACAACCUCCCGUAACAGGUGGAACACCUAAUUUGAAAACACUGUGGCUUGCCAAGGGGCCUGACGUGGAGAAGCAACGGUAUAGCACAUUUCUGGCAUGCUUUCACCUUCAAGAUGAGAUGGAAGAGCUCCAAGCUCUGGAAGCACCUGUUGCAGGAUUCUGCUGCUUGCUGGCCUAUCUUAUGAUGCAAGUCAGUAGCCUCUCUCUGGAGGAUUUAAAUGCAUUUCUGGCACUCAUUCUCUGCCUCAAAGGGAAAUCAGCAGCUCAACUGACAGGCCUGCAGCUUGCACAGGUAGACCCCAGGGCUGUACACCUGGGUGCUGUCCUUAUCCGUGGCCUCACGACGUUGCUCAUGGCCAACAGUGCCUGUGGCUUUCCCUUCAGGAUGGAUGAUCUGAUGCCUUGGGUAGUGUUUGAUGGAAAACUUUUUCAAGAAAAAUACCAGAAGGCACACCGAGGUUGCUCUGUGGAAGAACUUUUGGAAGGCAAUGAGUCUUUGUACACACCCUUCCAGAAUCUGAAGUCUCUCAUUUGCAAGAUUUGCAUGGCAAAGAACAGAACAAUACAGAGCAGACCAAGAGGGAAUGGAUUUAACACAGGAAGAGAACAAGAUUGUAAUCCCAGGUUCCAACAGCCACACAGAAGUCAUGUUGUUUCUCCAUAUCACAACCAGAUGAGGGAGUUCACACAAAGACAUCAGCAAUCCCAAGGUAGAAGAUCAGAACAUCCACAUGGGAGAAGGCAUCACCAUCAUCCUCGGUAAAGAAUUCAUGUCUACAAGUGGCAAAUGGGAUGGUGGAAUAGUUGCCACUGGGAUAAUUUUUGUUAUUCAGGCUUUCACCUGUUUUUUGUGAACUGUGCAGAGUAACUGGAGACAGUGUGACUGUGGAGAAAAUCACACAAAGCUGAGGCUGUUCAGCUUGUUAUGUGACUUAUCAUGUUAGGUCUAAGCUUGUUAUGAGACCAGAAUCACCAAAACUUAAGUUACAGCUACCUGAGGCACGGUAGCAUCCCAGUAUAGCUACGCUGUUUUGUCCAUUUGACAAGGGAAAGUCUGAAUUGUUUUUUAUAACAUUGUGAGAUAUUCCUGAGUGUAAAUGUAAGACUUAAGCUAUAAUUUUUGCAUAUUUUUGUAAUAGUUGUUUAUAUUACAAUA